AUGGCUAAAAAACCAUGGGGAACUAUUACUCAUCCGAAAGAAAGGAAUCCGAGUUGUCUAAUGGGGUACCAGAAAAUGACAGGAGAUGAGGUCCAUCGAAUGGUUAACAGACUGUAUGAACCUGACUGGGUGAAUCGGACUGAACGAAAACAGCCAGAACCAAACAGACGAUCCAAAGUGGAAGUCACAGAUAUGGGAAGUGAGGAGAUUGAAAAGAUGGUGGACAGGCUAACAAGGAAUGCGGAGAAAAAAGUCACGGAUAGUGAUCGGACUGGAUCUAUGCGAGAACAGGGCGUUGUGAACACGUACGCUUGGAAGGGAUGGAACUAGUAACUAGAAUACGUAGCUCCUGAGAGCAGGGAGCGAUUUUCUCAGUGCCUCUUUUGAGGUUCCCUGUUUUGUAAUGCCUAUCGAGCGCGACAAAGUUCAGUACAUGCGCUACGCAGGCAAAGAACUGCCUAAAAAAAAGCACUUUAUUUGAGUGUCAAUGUAUUUAGCACCAAAGUACUAAUUGGGGACACUAUUUAUACGUCUCCUACUGGAGACGGGACCGCCAUUUAACGUGGUCGUCCGAGCCAUGCGAUUUGCAGGGUAUGCGCGAAGGCAUUGCCUUCAUUUCUCAGUUAUUUAAAGACCCUGAGCAUUGCUCCGGCCCCAGGAAUCGAACUGGCUACCUCCCGUUCUGUAGUCAGGCGCUCUACCGACUGAGCUAAUCCUGCGCGGUCUAAUGGUCGCUUGUCCAGCCGGGCAAUAGGCCAUUUCCGAGUUCCCCCAGGCCUCUGUAUCAAAACGAGGGUAGGUGCUCAGCCUUUGAUAUGGAAAUGAUUUUUCAUUCUCAUGCAAAUAAAACUCAUUUUCACAAGAAAGGUCGUGCACCUAGCCUCAUUUUGAAAGUGAGGGUUUUUGGAACUCGGAAGUAGCCUAUUCUGUAGUGUGUUUUUGAGUGCAGAUUGCAGGGAUGUUUGACUGAAACUGAUCUUCACGAGCUUUAACCCAUAUACUGAUGUGUGUAAGUUAGCUAAAGCAGAUAUCUUUCAACUGUUCAAGAGCAAGGAAUGUCAAUCAAUCAAUCAAUCAAUCAUCGGAUGUCAUUUAGAUUUAAGGAGUGAAUACCAUUGAUUAGUUUCUUCUGUGGUGUAUUUUCAAAACACUUGAAAGAGAUGUUGCCUAUUAGACAAACAAAACUUAAUUUCUUGGGCGAAGCUUAAUGUGGUCAAAAGCCGGUUCUCUCUUUUUCCCUUUAAACAUAGAUGAGUACUUGUAUGUAUUAAACAUCAUGCACCAAACGAACCGCCCUUGAACACUACAAGGCAUUCUUUGGGGGAAUUUCUUAACUUUUUUCUUAUUUUUCUCAAAAUUAUUACCUUCUUUCCGCGCUAAAAAUGAUGACAUUGAUUGACAUCUGGCAGUACGAUCAUUGGCUUCAGUUCUAGCACUUAAAAUUUGUUUUACUAAACUUUCUAAAAACUUAGUAAUCAUCCCUGCGUUGUUAAUACAGACUUUGAGUACGGAAAGCAAUAACCUCAGCUUGGAGGUACUUGGUAGCUAACUUUUGCAAAUUUUUCUCGUGUGAAAGCGGGGAAGCCUACAGACGUCUAUAAACAACGCAUAAUUUUGAACUUAAUGUCGCUGUUUAUAGUCAACAAAAAACUCCCCACGCUCAGUACUCCUCUUUCUCCCAAACGUCCACCUAUUAUUUCAACUCGUCCGGAGAUGAGUGAAAGAACAACACGAGGCUUUUUGCAUCAGCAUGCAUGGCUCACAUUUCAAAGUCAUCCAACUGAACUUAUUUUGCACACUGCCUUGCUGUGUCUGAAAAAGGACGGGUAUGUUCAAAUACUACUCAGACCCUGUUGACAAAAUAACAACAUGUGUAUGUAAACUUACAGUACUGAGCCUGCAUCAUGUUCAUCUGUUAGUAGUUUUUCACAAAUCCGGGGGUGGGUACCCUCUAAUAUAAGCCGUAGGUUUAUACGGCCCAAAGAGAAUUUUGGUAUGAAGUAGGUAUAUAUGUUGAGUGGGAAGCGAGGUUUUGUGCUCUUUGGAUCCCAACAGGGUCUGUAAACUGGGUCUGUCUCUCAUUAUUCUUUUCUUAGAACAGUCGUGAACGAAAUACGGUGGACAAACUAUCACACAUGUUGGUCUGAAAUUUCAAGGAGCAUGCAGCACACACUCACCUGAGUUUUCCGUAAGUACACCUCCUACCUAAACUACGGAUGCGUUCCUUUACAUGAUCCGGUUCAGGCUUUAUGAUCCAAUUUAUAAAAUAACUAAGAUAGUACGCGCGCUCUGAUUGGCCGAGAGGAGUGUUUGCAUGAGAGUAUGUAAACAUGGUUGUGGCGUCAAGUUGUUUGGUUUUUCGCGCGCUAAUCACGCAAGCACAAAUUUGAAAAAGUUUUCGAGUUCAAAACUCAAAAAGUUUACUUUAUUUACCCAUUCCUUUGUCGGCUGAAACUUGGAAAGUCGUUAAAAAGAAGGUGUGUACAUUUUUUUUCGCUUAAGCUGACCGUUUUAAGCGAGAAAAAUCCGUAUUUUGCAAAGCAUCUUUUUACAAAACAAGAACUGAUUACGCGUGCAAGACUUCGUGGACAAGAUUUUGCGACUGGUAAGAAUUUCUCUUUUAAUCAGCGCCAUACAAAGAGUUUUGCGUUUUUUUCUUGGGAAAGUUAUUUUAUAAAAGCAAUAGAAAACUUUUUACCUGUGUUUGCAAACCCUCGACUUCGUCUCGGGUUUGCAUAACUGUCUCGAAUUCUCCCAACCCCUCUCGUGUUUAUAUCAGGCUAAAUAUAUCACUCGAAUCAUGCUGCGUCAAAGGAACCGGUAAAUCCCAUCUGGAUAAGCCAUCGGUACCUUCAGCCUGUUAUUACUUGCUAUUACAUGUAAUGGGUUGUGCAUUCGUUCUACAGGCUGUCGCUGAAAGCAGACACUUGAUAUUCAUAGGAAAAGUUGUACGUUUUCGAUCACUGCGCUAGAGAACAAAGCGUAGCGUCCCUUUACGCAUGCACAUACACCCGUGCGUAAACGUACGGCUGAAAUAUGGAAAAAUUAUGUACGUUUUAUUUCCUGAAAAAGCCUUUUUUCAUCAUCAAAUCGGGAUGACCGAUACAUUUUUUCAUUAUAUUGGUGUAUUUGUGGUAGCAUCGCUUUUAAUAUUCCAUAAUUCUGAUGACGUCAGGCACUGUACCUAACUAAAGACUGCAUUUUCCUGCGUAUUGAUUUACUAAAAAUGUCCUGCGGACCCCUCUAGGCUGGGCCGCCUUCCGCGCUACAACUAUUCUUUCAGCAUGAUCAGUGCAUGCGUACACCUUCAAAAUCUCACGCUACGUCCCUGCAUAAGUUUAUAAUACAGCCAGGCUGUGUAAUGCAAGAGCCCAAUACAACACCAAGAGAGGGUAUUAACAGUCCAGCAGGUUUUUGUUUCAGUUACAGUAUUCCAACAGAGAGCGUUUUUUUGUUAGCUAUUAUCUUAAUUUAGCCUAUAGUAAAGAUAAUAAAGCUUCAAUUUACGCCAGUUGCCGUGACAACACUUACAAGUUUAUCAACAUUUUCCAAAACAUACCAUAACAUGAAAGGCUCUCAGCUGCGUCUCAAUUAAAAAUAAAUAAGGCCUAAUUAUUUUCCUGCUUUUUACUGGAUUUCGAAUACAGAUAGCAUAGGGUAUUAAAUAACACCAAUACCGUAAUCGCGCCUCAGUCGCCAGCUUCAACAAUGGCAUACGCUCGCGACUACUGCGUACCCUCUCAAGAUUCAAUUCAAUCCCAGGUUCAUUCUCAGAUUGAAAACCUGAAUAGAAGACUCGAAGAAACCAGCGAUUUACUGCGGUGUUCCGCUUCGAGAAGGAGGCCAAAUGAUCGUCAACAGCUUGACAGGCUUGCACUCAGACUAAAGAAGAUCGAGGAACAGAGGGAACUGCCAAGAGUUCAUAAACGCGAUGAUCGUGAUGACUCUAACAGUUCGUGGACGAGCAAGGAGCGUGACGAACGUCCAAAAGGGGAAAGCCUCCACAUUUUUUUCCAGUGGAGGAAGCAGCUAAUAAUUUUUUACGACGCCCUUGGGGACGCUAUUGAGGAACUAUUGCAGUUUGAUGGCAGGAAAGCGCGUCGUGCAGUCGAAGAAUUGUUAGAGCUCAAGGAUGAUAUAGCGUCAAGUCUUGUGCGCACUGCUAAAUGGACUCAAGAGGACCUGGACAGUCUAGUGUGCACCAACACUGUUCGAGAGCAACGAAGUUUUCAGUCAUCCAAAAAGAAACUCAGGUCGAUUGCACAUGAAGCAGAAAGCGUCAGGCAACUUUCGCACACUUUGUCCACUCAAAUGAAGGGUCAGCUAGAAGGGCUGAAAAGUGAUUGCGUCGCCUUGGCAAAAGACCUGGUGGCUAUGAAUCGAAUCCUGGAAGGGCGAAAACAAGCUUUGGUUGAAUGA